AUGUCGGCUGUAACUGCAGCAUCUCCGCCAUCCGUUCCAGUGCGAGACAAAAUCGAUUUGACAGACAAGGAGAGGCAGAUAUUCGACCGACUUCUUCAGGUUCUACGGCAUUUUAAUCUCCAGACUCAACUCCGUGUCGCCGGUGGUUGGGUUCGUGAUAAGCUUCUAGGCAAAGAUAGUGAUGAUAUUGAUAUUGCUCUCGACAACAUGUUGGGAAGAGAAUUUUGUGAAAAAGUCAAUGGGUACUUGUCGUCUAAUGGAGAAGAAACACAUGGAAUUGGCGUCAUCCAAUGUACUGAGUAG